GCAAAUUAUUGCUUUGCAGAGGUUGAUUGUGUGCCGAUUCCUGUUCUACAUCAGCCAGCACAAGCUGGUGAAGAGGAAAGUGACGCCGAUCUGAAAAAAGAACUAGCAGGCUUGCAAAAGAAGAAUGCGCAGCUGGUGGAGGAAGUUGCAAAACUGACCGCCACAAACGAUGAUUUGCGAUCGGAGCUGACUGCGACACAGCAAAAGUGGUCGAAAGAUAAGGACAAUCUGCUUCACAAGGCACGACAAGAGGAAAAGAUUCGCAACGUGGAACUUGACGCUUUGCAGCAGAAAUUUGCAAGUCGCAUGCGUAUUAUGGAGGAUACAAAUAAAUCGCUGCAUUCACAGCUGGUUCAAGCUCGGCGGGAGCGUGAUUAUCACCGCGAGGCGCUCUACACCUUUGAACGGAAAAUGUCCGAAGAACAGCAGAACGAUGAGAAUGAUGUGAAACGACAAAAGGAGCUGAAACAGAAAUGCGCGGAUAUGGUAUUUGUGUUUAACAAAGACACAAAACAAAUCCAAAAUCUUACGGAAGAAGUAGCAAAACUGAAUACCGAUUUAAAGCUGUCUAAAGAAGCCCACGAAGCAGAUCGAGCACUGUGGGCUGUGGAAAAGUCACACAUCAAGCCAAAUAAAUCAGCGACCCUUGGCAACAGUACUGUUGCUAAUGCGCAGAACAUUAAGGCAAAGAAUCAGGCAAAACGAUUAAAGAACGUUAAAAUACAAAACACGAUUGCACUGAAUGAGCCACUGUAUUGA